AGCAUGUACCACAAUAGCUCCCAGAAAAAAUUCUGGACCUUCGAUAAAGAAGCAACUCUAGAACAGAUGAGAUAUGAGGCAAACACGACGUUUCGCUCCAAGAUCUUAACAAGUGGAAAACCUGGGGUGAACGAGUCCAUCUUUCUGGACCCUCGCGAAGAGAAAGUCCUCUUCAGACACUAUGAAAAGAGACUAUUGGAUUUCUGCACUAUUUUCAAACCUGCCAUGCCUAAGUCUGUCGUGGGUACAGCCUGCAUGUAUUUUAGAAGGUUUUACAUGAAUAAUUCACUGAUGGAGUAUCACCCGAGGAUAAUUAUGUUGACCUGUGCAUACCUGGCCUGUAAGACGGAUGAGUUCAACGUGUCAAGCGGUCAGUUCGUGGGGAACCUUCAGGAGAGUUCAGCAGGGCAGGAGCGAGUCCUGGAGCAGAUCCUGGAGUACGAGUUACUUCUCAUUCAACAGCUCAACUUCCACCUCGUGGUGCACACCCCCUACCGACCCAUGGAGGGCUUUCUCAUCGACCUGAAGACUCGUUACCCUCUGCUGGAGAACCCAGAGAUGCUACGGAAGAGCGCGGACGAUUUCCUGAACAGAGCCGCCAUGACGGAUGCUGGGCUGUUGUUCUCGCCGUCCCAGAUCGCUCUGACCGCUGUGCUUAACAGUGCUGCUCGAGCUGGACUCAACAUGGAGACCUAUUUAACAGAAUGCAUGGGACUAAAGGAUGACAAAGAGACUCUAUCAAAGAUGUAUGACUCUAUGAGAAGAAUAACCAGCCUUAUUAAAGAGUAUGAGAUGCCCAAACAAGAGGAGGUCAAUGUGUGUAAACAGAAACUGGACAGGAUUCAUGCUGAAUUUGUGACCAACACAAACCUGAAAAGAAAACGGGGGUACGAGGAUGACGACCAUGUUGUGAAGAAGCCGCUUGUGACUGAAGAGGCUGAAUGGACAGAUGAAGAUCUGGAGUUUUUGUGAGAGACCCCCUCUCUUACAGACGCACACACACACACACACAC